CGUGUUCCUAGAUGACACUGGAGGGCACCGUCUGAUAUAUAUAGACUCCGUUCAGCAAUCUGUGUCUUGACACUAUUCAAACUGCUCCAGAAUCAUGAAGGUGUUAGCACUCUGCUUAUCUUUGGUUGGCUGUGUGUUCGGAGUGACACACAAUGAUUUGGCUACGAUCGUCAAUAUGGUGAUUGCAGACACCGACGUAGAUAUGGACGGUUUCAUAUCGGAGGCUGAACUAGCUAAUGAAUUUCAAAAUAGAUUUGACGCUAAUAAUGAUGGUAUAAUACUUAAGAACGAGUUUAUCCAUGGCUGGACAACAAGAUACGGUGAUAAACAUCACCACACCGACAUUUUUUUUGACAAUAUCGAUUUAAACGGAAAUGGCAUGAUUGAUUUAUCUGACAUCGAGGGAAAUAAGGUCCUUACAGAUACAGACGCUGAUGGCAUGGUUUCUGUUGAGGAAUACAAGGCAUUUAUCAUGGCGAAACAUCCUUGUGGAGAUCAUGGAUUGGAUUGCACAGCUUAGUUGGAGUCUCAUCAAAAUGCUUUGAGUUAUAUUCAACGAAAAUAUUCAAAAAAAAAGAGUUUUUUUUUAUAUUAAAAUACGUCUUCUUA